AUGUUCAGACUGUACGAAGUCGACCCCGAUGCGGAUACACUAAUCAUAAUUCCCACCCCCUCCAAGUCAUUCGCACCAUGGGAAGAGGCACCUUCUCCGUCAGACGCAACCUCCGUCUACGCCGGGAUCCUGCGCGGCACAUCGCGGCCGCCUAAUAGCUAUGCAUCCAUCGCGUCGGCACCCGAGGUGCGCAUCAAGGUCUCUUCCAGGCACCUCGGCCUCGCGUCGAAGCACUUCCGCAACAAGUUCCGGUGGGAGAACCCGGUCGAGGCAGACGGCAGAGUCCACAUCACUCUAGGCGGGUACGACCCCAAGGCAGUGAUCGUGGUCAUGGAUGCGGUCCACGGGCGCGGGAGGAAGGUGCCCCGGUCGGUUGACCUGGAGCUGCUGGCCAAGAUCGCGGUGUUUGUGGAUGCGUUCAAGUUCCAUGAGGCUGCUGAAGUGUAUGCCGAGCGGUGGUUCGAGAGACUCGAGGGUGCGCUCCCAACGACGUAUGGUAGGGAUCUAGUGCUCUGGAUUUACAUCUCUUAUGUGUUCCGCCAGCAUGAAGUGUUCAAGAAAGCCUCCAACGUGGCGAUAUUGCAGAGUAACGGUCCGAUACGAAGCCUGGGCUUGCAGCUCCGAGACGGCCUGAUCAGAGAAAUCGACAGUCAGAGACAGCAGUUGGUACGGCAGGCCUUGGAGGUCAUCAACAACACCCUCGACGCUCUGCAGGAGGACGAGGCGCCAUGUUCGCGUGGAUGCGAUACCUUCUUAUUAGGAGCGCUCGUCAAGUCGUUGCGCCGGCAUAAUCUCAUCUGGCCAAGACCGUCGAAGCCCUUCAUCGGAGUCAGCUUUGUCGGCAUCUCACAGUCAGUCGGGGAGGCUGGGGCCCAGCUGGCCCAGCUCGUGCCUGGCCUAUCGCUGAACGGCUCGGCAAACUUCAAGGAGAUAUCGAGAAAGCGGAAGACGCCGAACUCAGAGCCGAAGCAGACUUUAACUCCCGAUUCAUCGCCCGAGCUCAGGGCUACCUUUGACACUCACGAUUGCGGCGUGAGAAGGGGUCUAGGGGAGAAGCUCGAUGAGUUGGAAGCAGGUGUGAAGGGUUUGGAGCUUGAGAGCAAACUUGGGUAUUUGUUGUAUUGA